CAUUUGUCAAAAGAGUAACGUCGUACGAGCUCAUUUUAAUUCUUAAAGAAACAAGAAACAUGUCAUCUGGAAUUGACGUCAACUCCAAAGUUUUAGAAGCUUAUAAUGCUUUGCAACUACAACAUAACUAUAAGUACGUCAUUUUCAAACUUUCUGAUGAUUUGAAACAAAUUGAAGUGGAAACGACAAAAAAGAAUUACGAUGGCUUCGCAUGGAAGGAUUUUACUGACCAACUUCCACCUUGCGAUGUACGCUAUGCUGUAGUCGACUUCCAUUUUAAUAAGAAGUCUGAUGGAGCGAAACAAGAAAAAGUCAUAUUCGUUCACUGGGCACCUGAUAAUGCACCAAUCAAGCGAAAGAUGUUAAUAGCGUCAUCGAAGGAUGCUCUUAAGAGAAAAUUGGAGGGUUUAUCCUUGGAGGUUCAAGCUAAUGAUAUGUCGGAUUUAUUGGAAGAAGAAAUCAUUGCAAAGUUGGAUAGAACUUAAUUUACUACCUAAUUUAACAGGUAUAUCUGAACUACUGUCCGGUUUGAUGUUCUGUUUUUUUUCAUAAGUUCGGAUGUAAUUUUUUCCUCCGUAGUAAAUAAAAACUAAAGUGUCGACACAAAUUUUUGUUUCAAAUGUAGAGCGAUUAAAGUAACUAUGCAUUUUUGCGUUGCUUGAAUAAAUUUAUUUUCAACACUUACGACGUCAAACAAAUUGAAGAUUCACUCUUUUCCAACGACACCACAUGAAUAUCAUCGAAAUAUGCAGAACCUUGAAUCUGUAAUUCUAGACUUACCAUUUUCGAAUCUGUUUCGAAAUGAAUACUUCGUUUAUGCCACUUUUUCUGGGACGAAUCAAAACUUGUGGUCACAAUAUGUUCUUCACUUGCAGUUUUUGCCUGAUACGUAAUAAUUUAGAUUAUUCAUAAGAAUGAAAUUUACAAUUAUUAUGAAGCACGAUUAUUACAAAAAAAGUUGACUAAUUUGUAUCUAUUGAACUUUUGUUUAUUAAAACUACUAACCACAGCUGUCAUUCCAUAAUUGACCUGUAAGUGAUUGUCGAUUGGUUGACUAUACACAGACACUAGUAAUUCGAGUGAUCUAUUUGUUCGUGUAUCAAUACUUAAGCUUUUUAACUUAUUGACUAUUAAUACUUACGAUACUGAAAUUUUCUGUUUCAUAAUACCAUCAAGCUUACAACUGCUUACGCCUGAUCUUCUCUUUUCUUCAGUCCUAUUAAGAGAUGAGUUCGUGCCUACUGUUUGCCAGCCAGUCAGGCCGUUAAAUUCACAGUCACGAUUGUUGAAGGAAAGAACUUGUUUCUUGCACUGAGCACUUAAAUAGCUAUCCGUUACAACUGUGAAUAUAUUUCAUUCUUAAAAUAAAACCGCCUAACCUAAAUGGAAACU